UCAAAAUGGCUCACGGUAUAAAAUUCAAUUCUAAAACUCUGUCCAAAACUAAGCAUGGUGUAGCUUAUGUGUCAAAUGUGGACGGGAGAGGCAAUUUCUCUGUUUGUGGAAUCUUCAACAGGGGAGAAAAAUCUUCAACGUUGACAUAUGACCUCGUCAAUAUUCUGUGCUACGUUGGAGGUGAAAUUCGUGAUGGCUUCUUCGUGGAAAAGUUACGAGAACAUGAGUUAGUUCCAAUACUUCAACGUAAUUUCAGUAUGGCUGCAGGAAAAGCAAUAUUUCAACCAGCUCCCAUCGAAGAGGCAGCGAAGCUUUUGGUCGUUUCUUGCUACGAAAAGGCGAAAGCUAGAGGAAUUGUUGACCUUUUCGUUAACAGGGAAGUGAAACGCAGUUUUGAAUUUUUCGAGCGCGUUUCCCAGUUAUGCAGCUACACUGACGAAGAAGAAUUUAUCAUGGCUAAAGGAGGAAGUCAAGUGAAGAAACCUUUCACGCAUUUUGACCUUCACCGCCCCGAGUUAAAUGCAUGGUGGAUGGAGAGGUCAGAAUUAGAGCAUCUAGAGUGUUCCUUACCCCCUGUCCCUAUAACAUUUCCCGAAUCUGGAAAACUCCUCCUCAGUGGCGAUAGUAUGAUUGAUUUCAUGAGUGCAGCCAGCAAACAAAGGAGCGAAAUGUCGACGUGGAAGAAGAAAACGCUUGAAAAGCUAAGCAAUCCGGUAAAUUUUGACAGACUUUGUGGUAUGUCUCAGCACCAGGCUCUGUGGUACACCUGGAAAGGUGAUCUGGAGAUGGGCAUCACUAUGCUUGACUCAGCGAAAAAAAUUCGCGUUGAUCAGAAUGCAGGAAGAAUGCUUAGUUCAAGGAUCCCAGCUGUGGACCUCUUUCUGAGCUUGACGCAGAUCAAGUUGGCAAAGAUGGGACAGUGUGAAGAACAAUCCAACAAAGUUAAUUGGCAGCUGCCAGAGGGCUGUGUGUCUGAAACUUGUCAUACAUCGGCAUCAAAAGAUGGAGAUUAUAAGGAGUGCCUCCUUGGAACUUGCACUUUACCAUGUGUGGAUAAAAAAGGAAAAGGAAAAAUUGGAACAGAAAACACCAGAAAAUCUCUUAUAGCAGCCCUUGCCGUGGUAAGGAAUGUUAAAAGUAAAGAAGAGUUGAAAACUUGCCUUGAGUAUAAUCUUAAAGGGAGUCUGGAGGUCUUUUUACAGCACUCAUUUGUGAGAUUGUACUGGAAGAACAAACCAACUCUCCCCAUGACAGAAUCCCUCAUUGAAGAAGCAGUGAUUAAGUUUGUCGAUGCAAUUGACUGUGACAAUUUUGAUCCCUAUGAUUGGGUAGAAUCCUGUGCUGCUAUCUUGGAAGAGAUGAUGGCCAAGUAUUGCCACACAAAGCUUUCAGAAAAGGACAUCAGUGAGGUUGGACAGCUCUUUAAGGAGGCUUUCAAGACUCAGGUUGUCCAAAAAAUCAAAAAAAUUGAAGAACUGCCUCAGUACUCAAGCCUCUGUGACAAUGAAGCCUCUCUGCACCAGCUAAGUUCUGUCAUGCUGGCAAGGGCCAUUGCCCCUUCAGUUGCUAGCCAUUUUCUCUUUAAAUGGAAAACCAUGACACUUACUGAGAAGAAGAAGAAAGCACCUACUGUAAGUUUCAAUGAUCUCCUUGCUGCAACAAAGAAAGUUUAUUACAACUAUUCAAGGAAGGGAGUUGCCCAGUGUAUUAAUGAAGACCUCAGCUCCUCACAAGCACGUCCCAAGAAAGAGUGUACAUGCAAGGACUUGGCCAAAUUUCAAGACCAUGUUAUUGAUUUAUUGUCAAGUGGACACAAUCCUGUUUCAUUUCUGAGUUGUUCUCCACAAGGAACUGUCACUUUAAGUGAAGGGCUGAUCAUGGACACUUCAGGACAGCUGAUUAACGACAUAAUUUUAAGCUGUGAUAUGUAUAUGUACGAGAAAAUCAUGGACCCUGAUAACUUGAAGGAGUUUGCCAAUUGCCCCAGACUUGCAUGUUUAUGCCAGUUUGCCUGCUGUGAGAUGUACACCAUGCUGAAGGUUAAGCUAGUGAUGUACUUUAAGGAAAUUUCAUGGAAAGAAAGUGCCGAGUUUGAGACUCAUUGCUGUGCAUUUUGUAAACAAAUGGUCAAAGAAGGUGUCACUUUGAAAAAGUGCAGUGCAUGCAAAGCUGUUGUCUACUGUUCCCCCCAGUGCCAGAAGAAGGACUGGAAAGCUGAUCACAAACAAAAGUGCCAUAUCCUAAUGAGGCCUUGAGGUAUGUUGAAUUCAUAUUACAUUAUUUGUAUUGAUAGGUAUGGAGUUAAAUAUUAAUAUGGUGCUAGUGCCAUUUAAGAAUCGGGCUCUUGAGUCACUUAAGAGCCUGUCGACAGUGACGCGCUGACCAUCGCCUCUCCGAGACGAGGAUGCCAUAUAUAGUGCCAUUUAGGCAUUAGUGACAUGCAUAGUUGGUGAUUAAUAAAAGGGUUGGGAUUGAUCUUUUCUCCUAAAAAUUAAUAUGAAUGUGUCUACCUUUACAUGUAAUCAGGACUCUAAAAAGGUGUCAUCUGGUCGUCCAAGACAAGUAGAUUUUCCUGCAGGAAAAAAUCUUAAACUAAGACUUGUCCAGAUAGGGCAACCAAAAUUUGAGAGUUAAUUGUCCAAAGGGCAAGCUGGGAUUCAAUUUUUUUUCAAGUCCUGGAUGUUGAAGAGGGACUAAACUAAUACACGUCAUCAUUCCCUCAAAAGCUCUCAUCCUUAGCAUUUUGUGCUAAUCUAUGUUUAGAAUGUUACUGGCUCUUUAUUUCUGUGAUUCAUAGCUGGCUUUCAUGUGCAAUUUUAAAAGUUACUUUACAAGUGUUUUCAUUGUUGGACAUCAUCAUGUAGGUACCACAGUCAUUAAGGUUUUACACCUGAUGCAACAUAAAUUGCCACAAACAUCUCACACAGAAAGCCAAACAUUGUAGUUCGGAGCUGUUUUAUUUUCCCAAGGGAGCACAUUUAAUGUAAUGAUGGCUUUUGUCGAUAGCAACCUAUAUUAAAUACAACUUUUAUCUCUCUUCCCAUUUUCUGCUGGUUACAUAUGUUGUUCUUGUCUUCAUAUAAUAACCACAAACGUAUAUGGCACUUCUGUUGAGCUCAAGCAGCAAACAGCUACUUAAAUUGAAGAUCUUUAAGAAUCCCUGGAGAUCCUUGAAAGAUUUUCAUCACAGAUACAAAGCUGUCAUUAAGUUUUGAGUCCACUGUAGCCUUAAUCUUCACAUCCAUGACAGAAUUGUUACCUUUUGAGUGAAUUGUAUCAACUGCAGGCAAGUUCACCUGUAACAUCAAAGGUCCAUCAAAAACACUCGGCUAGAGGUUACGGCCCUUUCUGACAGCUCUGCAGAUAGUUGCCUAAAUUUCAGGGUGUUAGUGUUUUACACAAGAGGCAAAGCUAUAAAAAGGCAGACAAAUAUGUAAAAACAGGUAAUAAAUCAUUAAGUUUCUUAUACAUGUAUAAAAGUAUCUCUAGACAUCUCUGCCAGAGGGCUGCCAGGGAAACUCUUGGACAGCCAGCUGAGCUGAGCUGGCUUUAGAAGAAACCAAUUAUGAUGGUAAAUGGUAGGUAAUAUUAAUCUAGUACCAAUCAUUUGAAGUUCUCACAUUCUUUGACAUACCGUCCAUACAUUAUUUUUAUAUCACUGAAAAUUGACAUUAUACCUUUUGGGUAUACUGUACUAGUGCAGAAAUUUAUUCCUUAUUUUCCAGGCACUGUCAUUAUCAAAGCCUAACUUGCAACCAAUUUAAAGGUGGCUUUCGAUGUUUGAUUCCAUUGAUCAAGGUCCUAAAAAGUCUAAGAACAAACAAUCAAUUUCUUUGUUCAACAUUGGAAAGAUACAGCUGUGUGAAAACAUUUCUCAAGAAUUAUUUGUUGCAGUUUAUUCAGAGCUGGAAUUAUUUAAAAUAGUGACUAGUCAUGAUUUUUUUUUUUCUGACUUAUGCUAUUUGUUAUCAUACACAGCACAAUUAUUGUUAUACAGCUUAAGGCCUGCAUAAUUUAAGAAGAGUAUGCUUUUGAAUGUUUAUACUGACUUGUUUAGUGAUAAGAUUUAUGUUUUUUAACACAAUGCUAUAUAUAUUUAUGUAAAUUUGAAAUAGAGAUACUGAUGGAUUAGUCACAUUAUUAUAACUAUCCAAAAGUACAAAAGCAUCUUGAUAUAGCCUGAAACCUUUAACAGUUUUGUUAGUUUCUUGUAUCACUGAUUUACAACUGUAAGAGCACCCAUCUGAGUGUCAUUGCAACUGAUAGCUCUUUUAUUUCUGUAAUGUUUCAUUCAGUAAUAUGAGAUCAUUUGUUGUGAGAUACAUGUGUUUAUAUCAAGACAAAUACUUUGCUGUACUUUAGAAACUUUUUUGUGACUUGGUUCAAUACAACACAACACAAUUACCAUGGCAGUACUACUGAACAAU